AUCGUGGAAAAAGACUCGGCCUGGCGACCUCCUCCCUCUCACCCACCACUCCGGAUUCCGGCCCUUCCUCUCCCCAAUGGCUUCCGUACUAUCGACUCGCGCGGUCAGGACCGCUUCCUGCUCCGCAUGCCGCUCCCUCGCUCGUCCCAACUCGAUCGCAGCCGGUCUCCUUCCGCGGCGAGGACUCUCGACUGCCACCGAAGAUGCAGCAGUCAACCAUGCGGACAAGCCCCGGUGGUCGUACACGCCGCCUCGUGCCAAAGCGCCGUUCUCCUUGAGACUCAACUCCAACCGCCCCGAGUUCCCCGUGAACUCUGACCCUAAGGUUUUGGACCGGUUCUACAUCCUCAUGCUCGGAAACGACGGUGACAAGAUGCUCUCGGAGGAGACCAAGUGGCUCGCAGUGACACAUAAGAGUUUUGAUCAGGGCCGGAGAGGUUUCAAUGACCGUUUGGCCUUCCUGGGCAAGCGUAUUGUUCAGCUGCAGGCUUCGUUGGCUCUGGUUCAGAGUCCUAGCAACGCUGCUAACUCUGCCACCCCCGAUGCGUAUGGCCGGGUCCCCUUUACUCACCCGGCUUUGGAUAGCCUGGACAACCUCGACUACAACACGAAGAGCUUCCUUACGAGCAAGACGAAGCUGUCGGAAUUGGCUCACAAGUAUGACAUGCAGAGAGUUGUGAGAUGGUGCCCUCGGAAGCCCAACAACCUUGAAAGCUCUGGAAUGGACCUCGUCCUCGCCCACACGAUGUACGCUGUGAUCGGUGCCAUCUCCCUGGAGAAGGGCAAUGCUGUUGCGAAUAAGGUGGCCCGUGAGCGCAUAUUAGCACCUCUGGGAUUUAAGAUCGCGGCUUGAGUUGGGUGAUUGAUUUAUGGGAAAUGGCCGCAGGUGCAUUUUCAAGGCGUUACUUCCUUUUCUCUUUUCCCCUUCCCCUUGAUUUCUUUGUGCCCUGGAUGUUCUGUGUAUGUGUUGGGGCUUUUCUUCAUCCGCCAUAUAUUAUGUAUUUUUAUCUACGACUUGUCUUAUAUAGUGACUGCAAAUACCAC